CAUCAAACUGUCAUAAAAUCAUCGGAAUAUCAACAAACAGAAGAAAAUUGUGUUUUAAUUUGUACGCUUCUGCAGAUACGCUAGGUGUGACGAAGAAUUAAUGACCUAAUCUUCAAUCCCAAUCUAAUUUCUAAUAUCCUCCCGCUUAGCGAUGAACGAGUUCAACCACAAGACGGUAUUUGUGUUGGAUCACACACCGUACUUCGGUAUUUCGUGUGAAGCGCCGAUCGAUUGCGAGUUUAUAAAGAGCAAAAUUCCCAUUCCGCCCAUUAGCAAGAGUUUAUGGACGUGUGCGGUCGAGGCAUCGGUGGAAUAUUGUCGCAUUGCCUGGGACUUGUUCCCGACUGGUAAAUUGAUACGUUUUGUCGUUAGUGAUACGGCGGCCCACAUCGUCAAUACAUGGAACAUCAGCACCCAAAGCUUGACGCAUGUCAUGAACGCAAUGUCGAUGGUUGGCGUCCCUCCGCGGCAAACGCAGGCCAACGAUUACUCGGUUAUCCAUGGGCUGCGAGCUGCCAUUGAGGCACUUGCCGAGCCAACCGACUUUCAAAAGGAACAAAUUAGCACCAAUGACCAGGUGGUGUUCAACCUGGGACGAGUGAUUUGUAUCACUUCCGCUCGGGAUGAUGCCAGUAUGAAGAGUCUGGAGGAUAUUUUUCGUACCGUACUAGUGCAGCAGAACACGAUAUCAGCCAGCCACAAGGAGUACCUAAACAUCGACCAGUGUCACCUUGUCAUAAUCAAUCUGUUUCCAUCGAACAUGGAGUCAAUGGUCAACAACAGGAGUCUCAUUGACAUUUCACCAAUCCUUAAAUCGGAAAUCCACUCCAACAAGGCAAAUAAAAUCUCCAACAAGCUGACGCACCUUAUUUUACCGCACUUCGAUCUGGCCAGCACGACUGUCACCGGUAUUCCGAUGAAGGAGGAACAGAAUGCAAGCUCCAGUGCCAACUACGACGUGGAAAUUUUUCACGGAAGUAAAGCCCACUCGGUGUUCCUGGGCACGGAACUGGUUUUGCCGCAUAGCGUCAAGGACGGGGCGGACUACGAAACCGUCACGCUAAAAUGGUGCACACCGAGAAGUUGUGGUUCGUCUGAAAUGCAACCCUGUCUGGCACAGUGCCGUGUGACACCGGUGGACGUCACAUCCCGGCCAAGCUCAUGUCUAAUUAAUUUCCUGUUGAAUGGCCGCUCGGUACUGCUGGAGAUGCCGAAAAAAUCCGGUGGAAAGCUAACCAGUCAUUUGCUAUCGGCCCACGGAGGGGAAAUUUUCAUUCAUUCGCUCAAUACGGCUCGUAGUUGUUUGGAAGAUCCACCGUCCAUUUCGGAGGGUGGUGGCGGUCGCGUUACCGACUAUCGGAUUAACGAUUUUGGUCAACUGAUGCAAUUGCAUCGGAUUGUGCCACUAAAACCGGUUCCCGAGCGUACCGCGGAUGAAAAUUUGCUUAAAAUGCGCUCCAAGCUGUCGAAAAGCUCCCGUUAUUGGCCGUUGAUUUUAGGUAGUACGAUCCUAUACAAUGCACGCCAGUUUGUUGAGGCGAUCUUGGUGUUAACGCAAAAAUUGGACCUGACGGAAGAUGAAGUGCUACAGUGUCAGAAAUCGAUCUAUCAGUUGGCGGCAUUGGAAGCCCGACAAGAAUCGUUGGCUUUGCCAAAUAUGGGUCACCGGCUGAAGGGAGCAAAACGAGAGGAACAGUAUCGGUUAUUGUGGGCCGAGUUGGAACUAGUUGUUAGUUAUAGUGGAAUCUCAGCCGGACACAAAGCAGUUCUCAAAUGCAUACGGGACUGCAGGAGUAGGAAUCCGUUGGAUGCACAGGACAAGGAUGAGGCAGCAGAAGCUCACAGAGCGUCUGUUAUCCGGGCGACAACUGAUUCACCGAUGUCUCCGCCUCAUUCUAUGUCGUCGGUGGUGAAUGAUAGUGCGGUGACCAGUUUGCUUGCCAGUUCCAGCCGAUCAUCGACGAAGAAAACUUCAAACAGCGGAACCAAGUCACUGUUUGAUAUUCUUACUUCGACGGAGCGAGCUCAAAGUCAGAAGCGAAUUGAUUUCAGCGGUAGACUUUGCACACCACCCGGCCAGGUGGCCAAACUAUAUCCCAAUUUCGGCGUAAAAGACGAAACUGCCGCCCAGGGUAGGCAACCGGACGUGAAGUAAGUUAAAUGAAUUAGUGUAUGAAGAGAAAAACCAAUCAAUUUUAUUUAAAUGAACAAA